AAAGUUACAGAAAUAUCUGACUACCACCAGCUUAAAAGGGUGGUUUCUCACUUCUCUGCAAGACAAAGUCAUCCUAGGAAGAACUGCACCUGAAUCCACAGGAAAUUCUCCACAGCCAGAGCCUUGACAGGUAGAUUAUGGAUUGCUGGAAGGGAGCCGUAAGCCACAGCUGGAUUUAUCCCACGGUGAUCAUCUGUGCAAAUGGAUUUUUCACCACAAUGAGGCCAUCAGAAUCUUUUCUCACCCCCUAUCUAACAGGACCAGACAAAAACCUAACAGCUGAAGAGGUUACCAACCAGAUUUUUCCAGUCUGGACAUACUCCUACCUGGCUCUCCUUUUCCCAGUGUUCCUGCUCACAGACUACGUGCGCUACAAGCCCGUCCUCCUCCUGCAGGGCCUCAGCCUCAUCGUCACGUGGCUGCUGCUGCUCUUUGCACACGGAGUGGUGGCCAUGCAGCUGGUGGAAUUCUUCUAUGGCAUGGUCACAGCCACCGAGGUGGCCUAUUACGCCUACAUCUACAGCGUGGUCAGCAGCCAACACUACCAGAGGGUCACCAGCUACUGCAGGAGCGUCACUCUGGUGGCAGCCACCGUGGCCGCCGUGCUGGGACAGCUGCUGGUGUCCUUAGCAGGCGUCUCCUACUUCCACCUCAACGCCAUCAGCUUGGCUUCCGUGUCCCUGGUUGUGUGCGCGCUCUUCCUGCCCAUGCCCCAGAGGAGCAUGUUCUUCCACAGGAAAGAGGCCCCUGAGCCCGUGCCUGGCAAAGGGCUGGCCGCGGGCACUGCCCCCGGGCCCCAGAGCUGCCAAGAGGAAAGGAGCCCUGACGCUGCUGCCGGGGCCCCGAGCCCCCAGCCCCAGGCCGGCAGUGCCGGGCCCCACAGGCGCCUGCUGGGCGUGCUGCUGCAGCUGGGCAGGGACCUGAGGCACUGCUACGGCUCCCGCAAGCUCCUCUGCUGGUCCCUGUGGUGGGCUCUGGCCACGGCCGGCUUCAACCAGGUGGUGAAUUAUGUCCAGGUGCUGUGGGACUUGCGAGCCCCCUCGCACAGCUCCGCAGUGUACAACGGAGCUGUGGAAGCCAUAGCAACGUUUUUGGGUUCAGCAACAUCCAUGGCAGUUGGAUAUGUCAAAGUAAACUGGGAUCUCUCUGGAGAACUGGCUUUGGGAAUUUUCUCUGCACUGGAUAGUGGUUCUCUGCUUCUUAUGCACUUCACUGACAACAUCUGGGCAUGUUAUGCUGGUUACCUUGCAUUUAAAGCUUGCUAUAUGCUCCUUAUAACAAUAGCCACGUUUCAGAUUGCUAUCAACCUCAGCAUGGAGCGUUAUGCUUUGAUGUUUGGCUUCAACAACUUUGUUGCACUGGUGAUUCAGACAAUUUUAACUGUUGUUGUAGUAGAUUCAGGAGGUCUGGGACUGGAUAUCAGCACUCAGUUUCUCAUUUAUGGCAGCUACUUCGCAGUCAUAACUGGAAUUUUCCUGAUCAGAAGCGUGUACACCAUAAUUUCCAUCAAAUGCAGAAAUACAAGUGUGACUGCUGAAAGCACUGCCCCUUAACAACCAAGACAAAAACAAUGGCUACAAAGCAACAAUGCAGAAGGCUCCAUCAUCUGGACAAGAAAUCAAGAGAAAUAUAACAUUCAAUCAAGGAAAACUGGUCCAGGUUGAAGCAAGCUGUUCAUGAGCCUACUGCACAGAGAACUUUGUCAACAAGAUGAUGCAUUUGCUCCACUUUCUUCACCAAAAGUUUAAUACAAACAUUCCUCAAACAGUCUUCUAAUUCAAGUUUAGUGAUCUGACAUACAAAUUUCUAUUAAGGCUCAGUGAGCACAAGGACAUACAAAUGCCUGAACCUCACACCAGAGGAACUCACAGAACAACCCUGGGACUUUGCCUUCUACUGAGUAUUUCAAUUUAAGGCAACUUAUUCACUGACAGAAGACCAUCAGACAUGCCCAGGCAAUCUAAAGCAGUUGAACCAUACAAUGACUUUUCAGAUAAUUUGUCACAGAAGCCUUUGGAAAACUUCAAGGCUUUCUCAACUGGACAUCACAUCUGCCUUACAGAGCUCAGGAUGGUCCUGCAAGUGUAGCAUCUUCUUACACUUGUAACAGCUGAUGUUUAGGACUGAAGUCUAAUUAAGAGGGCUCCAUAUUCAUUUCUGUAUAAGGGGCCUAGAGUUAUCAAGUGAAGUGCUUUGAUGCUAAAGCACAAAAAUACAGCUUUUAGGCAACUAUGCUAUUUGCAUGAACAAUUAAGGGAAUAACUGCAGAGAUCUCCAUGAUAAAAAACAUUUAAAAUCAGAGGUGAAAAAUUCAUUUUGUAAAUAAAGCUAAUUUAAAACCUAAUCAACGAAACACCAAUGGUGUCAGUUAAUGCUCAAUAUACAGAAAACUCAAAACAAUACAAGAUCUUCAGCUUAUCUGGAAUUGGACAAAUCUAAAAUCCGUGAACACAGACUAAAGAGGUGUGCUUGUGCGUAGUUAAAGUUGCAAACCUUUUAUCUGUCAUAAGUCAGUUAUGAAAAAUAAAGACUUCUACAGCAUAUUCUAAACUACAUGCCUUGCAUACUUCCAUCAGUUUCAGUAUCUCAGCAGUACUAUUUGGAUUAGAACAAUCUCUAUAGAUGCUGGUCUCAUUAGCCCUUGCCCAAAGCGUAAUUCACACCAUUGUAAGUGAAGAAGGCACAGAAUUGUUGUUCUUUCAUAACACUUUUAAUCUCAUUGACAAGACAUGUCUUUGAUUCGGUCCAGUUCUCUGCACUAAGCAUUUUUAAAUACUCCACAAGCCCAGCUGAACCCUUGCAGUUCUCCACUCUCCACUGCAUUUACCUCAUACUAUCCAAAACAGCCAAGGCUGGGGAACAGGGAGAGUUACAACUAUUUACACUGUGCUAAAAUACAGUGGUGAGAGUAAGGGUGUUACUAAUACCCUGCAAACCUCCAAUUGCUGGGGAUUUCUUCAGUGAAUUCCUCAGAGAAUGUUGGGAACUGAACUGAACACCACACUGUUGAGCAGUCUCCAUCAGAAACAAAAGAGAGCCUUCAAGCCUGUUUUAAAUAUACCAACAGGACAAAACCAGACAUUUAAGUUCAGAAAACUUGCAGCAUGUUUUAUGAGUUGCCUGUCUCCAGCUUGGUAUCUCCAAAGUUUAAAAAACAAAACCAAAAAGAAAUUACAAUCCCCACAGGCAGGCAACAAAAGUCAAAAGCAUUAGCACAAAUGUUUUUACAAGCAGAGGCCAAACCUUUCAGAUGCCCUAGAAAAACCUAGCCAACAUUCAGGCAGUCAAUUACAAGUGAAAUGUCUUACCUUGAAGAAUUUUCAUGUUUAUCUCAAAUGGACUCGCAUGUUCUUUUUAAAAAAAGUCAAUCUCACCUUAUUUAUUCCUGUUAUCCUAAGAUCUGUUAGAAUUUUAUUCUCCAGCUGGUCAGAAACCUUUAAGCUUGCAGUUUAUGUAUUCACAAUAUACU